CGAAAGUGUAAGUGGAAUAAUUAUAGUUAUAUGGAGGUGGCCCAGAACUAACAUUCGGGAAAGUAUAAAGGCAUGCAAUCCAAUUAAAUCCAAUACAAGAGUUAAUCUACAACUUUACUGGUUUUGAGAUCAACGUACAAUGCAAUUGCUACUAUUUGCUGUUGUGCUGGCUGUAACACAUCAAGGACACUGCUUUACAGACUUCAGACAAGACUGGGACAAUAUUUUGUAUGUCAGAUCAGACAAUGGAUUGAACACGAUAUGCCCAAGGCAACCAUGUGAGACACUGGACCAUUACGCAAACGUAAGUCAUUUGAACAACACAAAGUUCAUGUUCAUGCCAGGAUUGCACACUCUCAGUAAAAACUUUCGUAUUGACUCUCUUAUGAAUAUUGAACUCGAUAGUAUGAAGGAUAGCAGAAAUGAGACAGAGAUUGUAAAAAUUCAGUGUUAUAAAGCAGCAGGAUUUAUGUUUAAAAACGUAAACUUUAUCACUAUCAAAAAUCUGCAAAUCUCUGCAUGUGGUCAAAAUAUACCAGUUAGUACUUACAGCGAAUUAGGGCACUUUCAAGCGGCAGUUGCUCUUAAGGAUGUAACUGCUCUAACAAUGCAAUCGAUAACCAUUCGCGACAGUAAUGGAUACGGGAUAGCUGCUGAGGGACUGUAUGGAUACUCAAUAAUGGAGGACUGCCUACUGGUGAACAACACUGGUAGCGAAAAAUUCUUUGGGGGUAAUUUUGUACUAAAAUACUAUGAAGAUUGUCCAAACGAGCGGAUUUAUGUGAGAAUUAUGAGAUGUAAAUUUUUGAAUGGAAGUGCACAACAUAUCAAACAUGACUCAUAUACCAAACGUCAAACCAAAGCAACUGGCAUAUCUUUGUUUCUUUCGUGCACAAAUGUUACUAUUCACAUGUCAGAGGUGCAACUAAAAUACAAUAAAGCAUACAGCUUUUCCAGUAAAGGAGGAAACCUUUUCAUUCUGCUCGGAAACGCCAAACAAUAUACGAGCAAUACGGUCAUUGUGGAGAAUAGUAACGUUGUCAAGGGAACAGCAGUUAUGGGUGGAGGAGCAUACGUUAGAUUCAAGCAGCCUCCCCAAGAACCUGACAACAUAACAGUUGCAUGCGAAAACUAUGUUAGUUUUAGAAAUGUAAACUUUACUAGUAACAGUGGUAAAGUUAGAGGAGGUGCUCUGUACAUAUUGUUCGAAACAGCGAGCAUGUACAAGUCUUGUCCUAAAGGAACUGUUGAAAUAGACGGCUGUUACUUUGUAGACAAUAUUUUAAAUGCUUCCGAAGCAGACAGUGGUCUAGCUAUCAACAUAUAUUGCUAUCUGAUUAACGGAGUGGAAGCAACAUCUCUUCCUUUCAAUACAGUUAUCAUUGCUCGAAGUCACUUUCUGAGAAACAAACUUUUAACGCAGACAGAAAAUAGUCAAGAUCUAAUUUCCGGAGGAGCUACUGUCUUCAUUAGUAAACAGAGAAGACAAACAUUUAUCAAUGACUCUAGCUUUGUAAAUAACAGCAUAACGGCCAUUUCUGCUUUCAGAUCAAAUAUUGUGUUCAGUGGCAUUGUGACCAUAACAAAUAAUACAGGCCUUGAUGGUGGGGGCCUAGUUCUCUGUCAAAGUUCGUACAUUUUGUUCAGCCCAAAUACCACUGUGACAUUUGAAAAUAACAAAGCUAUUUUAUCUGGAGGAGGCAUAUACGCAGAAGAUCAGUGCUUACAAUCUAAGCCACUGUGUUUUUAUCAAGUGCACAUUGCUAGCAAUUCGUUACCUAACCAUCAAAAGAAGCAAAUAUUGGACACCAUUCAUGUGGUAAUGAUCAACAACACUGCUGGAUACGCUGGAAGUCAGAUAUUUGGAGGGUUUAUGGAUAAAUGCCAUACAACAUUUGGCAUCAAUAGUACGCUAGUUUACAAAAAAAUUUUUAAUGAAGUUUCAUGGCAAUGGAACAAAUCUAAUCUCUCCUAUGUGACCUCAUUUCCAAAACAUAUUUGCUUUUGUGCAGGAAAAAAAAUUAAUUGUGAAAAAAACAACAGAAGUAUCCAUCAAACCAUAUAUCCAGGUCAAUUGUUCGAUGUGUCUCUUGUUGCUGUGGGACAAUUUAACAAUCCUGUUCCAGCUACUAUCUUGAUCUUGGCCAACAUCUCAAGAGGGAAACCUUACCAUCAUACUAUCAAAGCUGAAUGCAGUACCAUAACACUGACAUCAGGACAAAAUACUACUACAAGAGAGGGAAAAGUAGUAAUUCUCAUACAAUCAGACUCUGGUGCCCUAGGAGGAACUUACUCACGAUCGAUAAACAUAACAUAUCGAAACUGUCCAUUGGGAACUGUAAUAAAUAAAACAACUGGCUUUUGUUAUUGGUCUUCCGAAGACAGUACUUAUAACGCUAGUGACCAAACUAUUCAAAAACCAGGCUUAACAUGGAUAGGUUACCAUAACGAUACUGAUACUGACUCCAAAAUUGGAAAUGGUUUCAUAAAGUUUUCAUACUGUCCACAGCUGUAUUGUGACUAUAAUGUAAUAUCUAUAAACAUCAGUGAAACAUUCGAUCCAGAUCAGCAAUGUCGAAGAGACAGAACCGGAAUUUUAUGUGGAGCAUGUAGGACGCCAUACAGCUCAGCCAUAAGUUCAACCAAGUGUGUCCAGUGUUCAGACCAUAGUAUUACAUACCGGCUUCUCCUUCUGCUAGGCCCUCUAGUGGUUGCAGUUCUAGCUCUGCUCUUCAUGCUUUGGUGUAAUGUGACCAUCACAGACGGAACAAUAAAUGGAUUCCUAUUCUACACUAGUAUGUUUCAUGUUAGCGAGGAAUUAUUCUUACAUCCUUUGCAAUGGUCUUCUGCCUUAUCCAGCCUGGUGGCUUGGUUCAACUUGUAUAUAGGCAUGAGUGUGUGCUUUUACAAUGGUUUCGAUGUUUUUGGACAAGUCAUCUUGAAUUUGUUUGUCCCUCUAUUUGUUUGGAUAGGAUUAGGGCUACUGAUUCUUAUUAGCUCAAAAUCAAGUCGGAUUACUCGAUUUGUUGGUAAGAAUGCUGUGAAAGUGCUGGCUACAAUCAUACUACUUUCCUACACCACAAUUCUUCAAGCUGAAGUGGCUGUGUUUUCCUGCUCAACGAUACAAUAUCCUAACAAUACCAGUAAGCAACACUGGUUACCCGACGGUAAUGUAUUAUGUUGGCAAGGGAAGCACCUAGGUAUGGUGGUGAUUGGUGUUUUGUUUGGAAUAGCUACUGUUCUGUAUACUAUAAUGCUCCUCUUUAUUCAACCAUUGCAAAGGUAUUCUCAUGUGAGAGGACUGAGAUGGGUGGCUAAACUAAAGCCAUUUUUUGACGCUUACACUAGCCCUCAUGUGAUCAAGCAUCGCUAUCGAUUCUGGACUGGGCUGUUACUCUUAUUUAGAAUGAUUAGUAGUAUUUGGUUUGCUGUUACCUCAAAGAACAACGAGUACAAGGACUAUGGGGUAGCAUUGACAGUAAUAUGCAUCCUUAUUUUGAGUAUUAUUGUUUUUCUUGGAGGAAUCUACAAACAACAGUCGUUGAAUAUUCUCAAUGCUUCGUUUUAUACAAAUCUAACCAUUUUGUCAUUUUUUUCAUUUUAUUCGGCUACAAGACAACCUGAAUUUAGUGGAAGAGGCAACGAAACACAAAUCACUGCCACUUACGCUUCACUAGUCAUAGCCUUUGUGACGUUUCUGUUCAUUCUCGCCUACCAUGUGUACAAACGUCUGAAAGAGACCAGUCUGCUCGCUCGCUGUGUGGGAAGUAUUCAGGGGACUCGAUGUUGGAGAGCAGCUGUCGAACACUGGAACAGAGGCAGGAUACAAUACGUAAGGCUGCCCCAAGAAGACCCUCAGGUUCAAGAAAUGAACAAUGAUUUCAAUGGCGAAAGACAGCUCGACGAGAAUUAUAACUGGGAUAGAGAGCUAGAUGUACAAGACAGAGAGCUCAAUUCUGAAGAUGAUCAUGUUCCAAAACCUGAUUCACAAGAAGAAAGCUGCGAGCCAAGAUCAAGUGAAGAAACCAACUAAAGUUUAUUUAGAUACAUUGUAGCUAUCCAUACACACUUGUGUGAAAUACUGCAUUAGACAUAAAAAACAGAAAGUACUUACUAGUAUAAACAUUUCAUAAUGUAAAUGCAACAACAUUGCAAAGUGCAUAUACUUGACAAUGACUAAUAAUUAUAUUGAAAGAUAUGCCAAACUAUAAUAUUAUUGUGCCUAAAAGGCCACAAACAAAGACGCUGUACAAACAUGACUUCACUAGUGGUCAUGGUUGAUUGCACUUCAAGUUUUAACUUCUGCCAACCAACUUGAAAUCCUCUGUAUUGCAGGUACCAUUAUUAGAUCAAACAUGUUAUCAGUCACACAUGUACAGAGCACUUAGCACAUUACAAACAAGGAGUGUGGUUAAGAUGUUAGUGAAUCCGCAAAAAAGGACCGCAAUACUAUUCAGAUUAAGACCAGGAAGACGCUCCAUCCCCUCAUCUGCUCUUGACCGUAUACAUGUAUAUAGGGUGUAAAUUUGGCGAGGAAAUGAAGAUGUACAAGAGAGAGAGCAUUCUGAAGAUAAUCAUGUCCACAACAUCUGAUUCACGAGGAGAAAACAGUGAGCCAAGAUCAAGUGAAGAUACCAACUGAGAAACUAAAGAUACAUUGUAGCUAUAUCUAGAGAGUGUAGACACAUUUGUGUCAAGUACUGCAUUAUAGAAAUAGAAAUAGAAAACAAAAUGUACUUACAAGUAUAUACAUAAUGUAAAU